CACACAUUUCGCGACAAUGUAUAUCCUCCACCGCUCGAUCAUCCUCUGCGUAUUAUUGACUUUUUGUGAUGCACAAUCGCAGAUCGUAGAUCAUACUAUUCCGGUGGAAGACACGAUUCCGGUCGACGAUGCGAUCUCGAUAGAGGAUGGGACUUGGGUCGACGACGAGUUUCCGGUCGGAAACUCGUCCGAAGAGUGGUACGAGGAUCUGAACUGGAUCGAAGAUUCGACUGAGAACACCAAUAAUGACUAUUCGGGAGAGAAUUUGAAAAGAUCCCGGAUAAUUGGCGGAGUCGACGAUGAAAGGACGGAAAUAAGAGGAAUUUGCCCGAUCAAAGUGGAUCCGACGCCUGAUCUUCCCGAUUUGUACAGCCCUCUUGAAUGUGCACGCACCUGUAACGAUCGCGAGAAACCUAGGAUAUGCUAUUAUCGUUUCGAAGUGGAGUACUACUCCGUAUUCAGCGAAGCUUGCGAACUCUGCGAAUCGAACGCAACCAACGCUUUUUGCAACAAUUGUCAGUGCAUACUCGCGGAUGGAGUGGAACGGACCCUUAUAUCGGUGAAUCGAAUGAUGCCCGGUCCUACCAUCGAUGUUUGCGAGGGCGACAAGAUUGUGGUGGACGUCGCUAAUAAAAUAGAGGGUGAGGGGCUGACGAUCCAUUGGCAUGGGAUAUUCCAGAAGAAUUCCCAAUAUUAUGACGGUGCGGCCCAUGUUACUCAAUGCCCGAUUCCUGAACAAGCUACAUUCAGAUAUCAGUUCAAUGCCGACAACGCAGGUACUCAUUUCUGGCACUCUCAUACCGGACUGCAAAAGAUAGACGGAGCUUUCGGAAGAUUGAUCGUACGUCAAUCAGCAAGACGCGAUGUGCACAGCAAGUUGUACGAUUUCGACUUAUCUCGCCAUGCGAUUAUCAUCAGUGACUGGAUGCAUGAGUUCGGUGCGUCACGAAUACCAGGCCGUCGCAAUGAAACUUCUCCGAGAUUUCAAGAUCCGGACUCUAUCUUGAUUAACGGCAAAGGACGAUAUCAAGGAAACGGUACUGUUAUCGACCCGAAUUUCGAAGUGUUCGAAGUAGAACGCGAUCGUCGUUACCGGUUUCGCUUUGUGAAUACCUUCUGCACGGUCUGUGCGUCGAUUUUAACCGUCGAGAACCAUACUCUCACCCUCAUAGCGACGGACGGUGUUUCAGUUAAACCCACCACGGUGGAUUCCAUCGUUAGCGUUUCAGGAGAGCGUUAUGACUUUAUCAUAAACGCGAACAACAAAGUCAGCUCGUAUUGGAUUCAACUUCGUAUAAAGUCGCCGUGUGAAUCCAGGAAGAUUCAGCAACUCGCUAUAUUGCAAUACAAUGGUGCGUUAAAUGAACCGACAACGCCUAUGCCCAGUUACGACUCUCCACUUCCCAAAGGAAUCGUACUAAAUCCACUUGAUUCUCAAUGCGAUCGACCAAGAAAUGAUGCAGUUUGUGUCAGCAAUUUGCAAAGCGCGAAACGCAUUGACAAAGACAUUUUUAGAAAAAAACCAGACGCAAAGAUAUUUUUACCAUUUAGAUUCUAUCGAUACAAUAGAGAGGAUCUUUUUGCGCCAAACUCUUUCGACAAAUUUAUGGUUGCGCCCGGUGGCCGUAAUACGAUUUCUUAUGUCGAUGACAUUGCGUUGAGAUUGCCGCCCUCGCCGCCGCUUUCGCAAUUGGAAGAUAUACCAUCCGACUUGAUCUGCAACAGUACGAACAAACCGAGCGAUUGCAAAGAUCCAUGUAUUUGCACGCACAUCAUUGAACUUCCGUACAACGGCAUCGUUGAACUCAUCAUCGUUGAUGAAACCGGAGUACCCGGACUGCAUCAUCCGUUCCAUCUACACGGCUAUGCUUUUAACAUUAUGAGCUACGGCGCGCCUAAUAACGGAAGUGGAAUCACCGUAGACGAAAUAAAAAGAAUGGACAGGAGAGGCCUUCUGCAUAGGAGAAAAUCUUUGGCGCCAUUUAAAGAUACUAUAGCUGUUCCAAACAAAGGUUAUGCGAUUGUGCGUUUCCGCGCGGACAAUCCCGGUUUCUGGCUGUUCCAUUGUCAUUUUAUUUAUCAUCUGGCGACGGGUAUGGGCAACGUAUUUCGCGUUGGAAGCCCAUCCGACCUACCGCCUGUUCCGCAAGGCUUUCCGCAGUGUGGAAAUUUCUUACCAAAAAUAACUCGAAAUCAACUGGACGGUUAAUGAUUUCAUACUUACUGCGGGAUAAAUCAGCCGAUUUUAUAUUUCGAAUCAAUCGCUUCCCCGGAUCUCAGAUUAUGAUUGCAAGUAUUUAUACGGCAAUGUACCCCACGCCAGGUCAGAUGCGUCGAAUACCGCGUGUUCUGUUACAAGACACGCGAAUAAAGUGAGAUUGCGGAAAAAACUACAAGAAUCGGACAAAAUUACUGGUAUAGUAUUAGAAGAACCAUUGUUUUUCAAUAGUAUACCAGUAACUUUUUCGUGUAAUUUUUUCCCGUAUAGAUGUACCUUGACGUUAUAUACACAGUCAGCGGGAGAAAGAUUAUGACACUUUCACUUCCACGAACUACGUGACAUAUUCAUCAUGAUCCAACAGGAAAAUUCAUUUGUUGGGUACGAAACUUGUCGCAACAUUUCUUUCACUGACUAUAUCUAUAUAUGUACAUAACAAA